AUGUUUAUUGAAUAAUAUCAAGAAACUAUCAAUCAAUAGUUAAAGUUAUGCAAAGUUGUCCCAAUAACACUGAAUCCAAAAAAUGUAUUGAGAUCUCUACUUGCAACAGAAGACAAACUGGCUGAUGAACAUCUCUAUUUAAAUUGCUGUAAAAAAUAGGAAUUGAUUAUCAACAAUAUGAAUGAAGAAAAUGCUGAGGUAAUUUUGAAUAUUUGUUCAUUAAUUAAAUUGUCAUUAGACAAACACAAAGAUGCCAAUAAAGACGAACUUUAGGAAAUUGUCUUGAAUCAAAUAAAAACAGAUUCUGUAAAUUGGGCAUAAUUUAAAUAACCAAGAUGGCCUGAAUAUUUAGAAUAUUUUAGCAACCUCAGUAAAAGCCUUAUCAAUCAUUCAUAUAAACUGAUUGAAAGCAUUGUUUUAGAUUUAACUACCAAACCUUUUGAAUGUUCAGAAUUUCAUUAAUACAUGACAGAUAAAUUAGAGUAAACUAUGUCUGUGUUAGCAGUUGAAAUGAGUGAUUUCGUAAGAGUGCCUAAUAGCAAUGUCUUAUACAUGGAGUUGAAGAAAUACUUUAACUCAAUAAUACAGAACAUUCAUUUAUAUAUCAACAGAACAUCCUUGUUUUGUAAUACUUAAAUGGAAUUCCUAAAUGAAACACUCACCAAAUAUCACACACUGGCCAAUGUUAGAACAUAUCAAGUAUUGUAAACUGAAACCUCAUAAUACAUCAUAACCUAAUGCCAUGUUUCACUUAAAGAAAUGCUCUUUUACAGAAUUGAAUUCUUAAUUUUUGAAAAAGAUUUAGUCAAAUCUAUCAUUCGACAUUUCUAUGAGUACAGUAAAUUGAAUCUUGGUGUCUACUAGAUGUCUACCUUAACGUAGACAUUCUAAGAUGCAAUCCAUAUGCAUUAACUAUUAGAUGAAAAUUAGAGUGUCUAAAUAAAUUUAGAUUCAAAAUUAUUUGACUAAGAUGGUGAUUGUCUAAAAUACAAAACUUGGUUGUAUUAAAAAAAGUCAGUACAAUCCUAACAGAUGUUGACAGGUACUUCUGUUGUAGGAGGAUCAAUUGGAGCUGGCUUAGGAUGUUUAAUUGUGGAUAGUGUUGAUCCAAAAAUUCCAUGGGAGGAAAAACUUAAAAGGGCUGGAUUCAGUUCUGUUGCAACUGGCAUAGUAGGAGCGGCUAUGCGUAUACCUGUGAUUGGAACCAUAUUGUCUUAAGCUUUAUUGUUUUAUGCAAUUAAAUUGACAGCUAAUAAUAAGGUGAUUGAUAAAAAUGAGAAAAUGAAGAAUUUAGCCCAUAUCGGAGUAUAAAGUUCAGUUGGCAUAGGUUCAGCUGUUGCUGGCUAAAUCUUAAUUCCAGUUCCAGUGCUAGGAGCAAUCAUAGGAGGAACUGUUGGAGGUGUUGCUAUGAGUUUGUAUAGUAAGUUUUUUGUACCCAAAACUAAGCAUUCAAUUAAAGUUAUGGUUAAUGAGUUAAUAGAUAGAUAACUUGAUGAUGGGUUAUUUGUGUAUGAUGAGUAAGUAAUCAAAAUCAUGAGAAUUAAUCAAUAACAUUAUUUUGGUAGUAAACCUUAGAAAUACACUGACUCUUAAUGGUUGACUAUUUUAAUGGUUUAUUUGGUGAAUGAAGUUCAUUAUUUGUCAAAUAUAUAAGGAUUAGAGAAAAUUAAAGAACUUUAAGAGUAAAUGACGAAAAAACCGAGUGAUGAGGUCAAAUGUGUAAAGUAAAUUAAAGAAAUAGAUGAUGAUUUAGAACAACAAGAGAUAAUCAGUGUCAAAUUAGAAAGAUCUAGAAAUUACAUUUAAGAAUAGGAAAUUAAUACUUUACAAAUUGCCUCUUAAAUAGGAGAGUUCAUAAAUGGAAUGAUAGCUAAUUUUAAAUUAUGA